UCGAAUGAAACCAGAUCCCGGGAUCGUGAGUACCGUCGGCCACCUCCCCCUGGAAAAUUGUAUCACGCACGUGACCAAGUCCAACAAAGGGGGUGCGUGUAUUGCAAAGAAAAAAAUCAUAAAUCAAGUGAGUGCUCAAAGGUGACAACUGUUUCGGAGCGAAGACAGAUACUAGCAAAACACCGUCUAUGUUUUAACUGCACUGGAGAAAACCACAGGGCUGCUGAGUGUCCAAGUAAGAGAAGUUGCCAACAAUGCGAUCGACGUCAUCACACAUCCAUCUGUGACCGGACUGGGGAACCAGCAGGAAGUUCCGGGGGGGACGGUGGUAGUAAAAAACUUUACACUACAAACCAAUCGAGCGAAGGUGUUUUCCCUGUUGUGAACGUGUGUGUAAACGGAAUUUUAUGCAGAGCUUUGAUAGACUCUGGAGCGGGAAGUUCCUACGCAUCAGCAAGGUUAAUACACGAACUUCACAUUAAACCCCUAGAUGUACAAACGAAGAAGAUCGACAUGCUUAUGUGUUCAAAACAAGCACGUUUAGAGACAUACGAAGUUAAGAUUGAAUCAACAGAGAACAAUUUCGCCAUGACAACAAAUUUAAUCAAAGUCGAUAAGCCAGAAUUGCUUUUCCUUGAGAAUCCUGACUACGAAAAUCUUAUCAAAAAAUAUCCACACUUGACGGGAGUGACCAUAAAAGAUCAAGACAAAAAACCAAUGCUUCCUGUUCAUGUUGUUCUGGGCAGUGGAGACUACUCUAGAAUAAAAACUGAGACACCGCCUAGAGUUGGAAAGGACAUGGAACCAGUUGCAGAGCUGACUCAACUAGGAUGGUUCUUGAUGUCACCAGGGAAAGAAUUCGACAGGAAGACAAUGUUGCUCACUCAAACAUAUCAGUUGGAUUACGAACAGUUGUGUCGCCUUGACGUUCUUGGUCUUGAAGAUGCUCCCGAACACGAUCAACGUGUAGUUUACAACGAGUUCAAAGAACAGCUCACCAGAAACCCUGAAGGCUGGUAUGAGACGGGAUUGCCGUGGAGAGGUAAUUUCCCAACAUUACCAACGAAUGAACAGGAAAGUCGACGCCGACUCUAAAGCCUGGUUACUAAGCUGAAACGCGAGGGGCUGAUGAGUGAGUACGAUGCUAUCAUUAAAGAUCAGAAACAGAGUGGAGUAGUUGAGUCAGCCGAGAGUCCAGCAGAGGGGGUAGAGUUCUUCCUACCCCAUAAACCGGUAGUAAGAGAAACGGCGAAAACUACGAAAGUGCGAAUCGUGUACGAUGCGUCGGCCAAAGAGACACGUGACAGUCCGUCACUUAACGACUGUUUGUACGCAGGCCCUCCACUCCAAAAUAAGCUAUGGGAUGUACUUGUCCAUCAGCGUGGUUAUCCGGUCGUGGUGUCGGGGGACAUUCAAAAGGCGUUUCUGCAGGUGAAAGUCAGAGAGAACGAACGCGAUGCCCUGAGAUUCUACUGGCGAAGUGAAGAAGAUUCGCAGUUAGAAACGUUGCGAUUUACGAGAGUGUUAUUUGGGUUGGCACCCUCCCCAUUUCUCCUCGCUGGAGUGAUCGAGCAGCAUCUCAACUCAUGGGAAGAAAGGUAUCCUGAUAUCGUCGCAGAACUACGCAAAAGUUUGUAUGUAGAUGAUUUGCUCACCGGUGGGCAAACCAUUCCACAAGCAGAAGAUCGAAAGGAGAAAACGGUUGAAAUCUUCGAAGACGCCUCUUUCAAGUUACAUAAAUGGAAUUCAAACGUAAGUGAACUUGAAGUGAACGGUGAACCUUCAGCGGGAAACGACGAAGAAACAUACGCCAAACAGCAGUUAGGCGGUGAUUCGACUGACACAACAAUGCUCGGGUUAAAGUGGACCAAAUCGUCGGACACUCUAACUGUAUCUUUUCCAACCGUUGACAGUAUUUCUACCACAACAAAACGCACAAUCCUUAGUAAGUUAGCAAAAGUCUAUGACCCCCUAGGUGUGGUCUCACCCAUCACUUUCGAAGGAAAAAUAAUCUUUCGAGACGUGUGCAAGACUAAAGUACCAUGGGAUGCUGAUAUUCAAGAACCGUUAAGCCGUCGCUGGAACGAAUAGAAAAGUCUCUGCCAAAAGAAGAAACCAUACCACGUCCAAUAGUGAAAUACCGAGAGCCAGUUUUGAAUGUAGAACUCCACACCUUUGGUCAUCCCUCGACGAAGGGUGUCGGAGCAGUGGUAUACUCCGUAGUGCGACAAAAAUCUGGGAAUACACAACAAUUAGUAACGGCCAAAUCUAGAUUGGCCAAAGAAGAAUUGACAAUUCCCCGUCUGGAGUUGAUAUCCGCGCACAUGGCGACUAAUCCAGUGAAGAAUGUCCAAAACGCGCUCCAAAACCUUCCCGAACCAACAAUCUAUGGGUGGUUAGAUAGCACCGUCGCUCUCCAUUGGAUUCGUGGAGAAGGACAGUACCGCCAGUUCGUCGCAAAUCGAGUGUCCAAGAUAAAUCAACACCCAGAAAUAAGUUGGAGACACGUACCCUCGAAAGACAACCCGGCAGACAUAGCCAGUCGAGGAGGACGUUUGUCCAAUAAAUCUUUGUGGUGGAACGGUCCAGAAUGGUUGGACGAUCCAGAGAAAUGGCCAGACAACCUUGAAACGCAACCAUCCACAGCUAUUGAAGUUGAAGCCAAAGUGGUUCGAGAGGUUCUUUGUGCAACACAAGCCCAGCGAGUAGCUGACGAAUUUGAUCGAUUGUUUGAAAAAACACGACCUUCAUCGUACACUACGAGUAUGUGCCUGGAUCCUGAGAUUAAUAAGCAACUGCAUAACCAAAGAGAGUCAACGGGGUGCUCUGACAACCAGGGAUGCCGGAACCACGGGUGCAGCGAGUGCAAGUGCACCCCUUGCCUUUUGCAUUUUCAACUUUGUGGGCGCAGUGCGGGUGCAGACUAUGGGUGUAACAGGUGCACAAAACUUUUACAACAGAAUUAAACGUCGUUCGAGGAUGUGUGUGGGGAUGUUCCACCCCCCAGUCGUCAGGAAUUCGGCAAAGUUGUUAUCUAUUUGGCGAAAGGUGAAAUGGAAAGCAUUACUUAUGGAAUUUUUGGCGAGAAAUGAUUACGGAGGAAUUGUGCCUAAAUAAUUGUAUUCGGUCCGAAAAAAAUUGGUGACGGGGAGGGAGGUCGACACAAAUGUAGGAUCAUGACGCCCUUUCAUUUUCAUUGGUGCCCUUUUAUUAAGGAGUAUGCCCUCUUGUUAACCAAUUGCACCCCUUGCCCUCAGCAACUUCCGGCAUCCCUGCUGACAACUCAAGAGAUUGAAAACGCUCGUCUGUGGUGGAUCAAGCGAGUCCAACGAGAGAGUGACAUUGAGAAAGAUCGAGAACAACUUAACCUACAAGAAAAUGAUCAAGAGGUACUUCUGUGUCAUGGUCGCAUACAAGGCGAAAACCCAGUUUACUUACCGAACACGAGCACAUUCACGGAGAAAUUAGUACAAGAAGCGCACUUGCGCACUUUCCACGGGGGAGUCGGUUUAACAAUGGCACAGAUUCGAAAGAGGUAUUGGAUACCCAAGUUGAGAAGUUUGGCUAAACGACAAGUCAAAGCCUGUUGUGGCUGUCGCAGCCAACUGGAAUGUUACCAAAAGAACUCUACGAAGGGAAAGAUGGUCUCGUAAGAGCGGUAAAGCUACGUGCGGGGAAAAGUUUCAUGGAACGACCAGUGCAACAUCUUUAUCCAUUAGAGUUAAGUUGUGACAUUGAAAACAGACAGACAACCAAGACGACCACCGAGUUGAAUGCAGAGGCCACCGAGUUCAGGCCGAAAAGAGACGCAGCGGUUGCAUGCAGCGAGGCUUCGCAACAAGAUGAUAGUUGAUGAUUGAAACGUUAAAGGAACAUUUAAUCGUAUACAGUGGAGUUGACAUUCAAAGAUAAAGAAACAAUAGUCACAUAGACUCAGUCUACUGUUAGAUAUAUAUCUUCUAAAGAGAUAUAUGGGGGGAGUGUGUCGUAGACUGACGUCACGCGAUAAUAAUAACUUUAGUUAAGAACUGUCAGUCAAAAAACAGAAACAAAGCGAGACGAGACAUGGCGAGACGCGUAUACUUUUUUAAGAUAAUAGAUUCUACUUGAGACUUUGAGAACAUUAUUAUUGGGACUAUCGAACAGUGAAGGGACGAGAGACGAGAAGUGUAUACGAACGGUUAAACCAUAAAUAAGUAUUCAUAAUAAAAGUUAUAAUAUCAACACGAGAAGAUAUAUUAUUCGACACGAUUUUACGGAGGCAACAAUAUUUAUUUUUUUUAAUUUAUUUUAUAUGUAUAUAUAUAUUUGGCUGAAAGGCCACAAAUAAUUUAACGUAUUUGUAACUGGCGGCGCUAUUUUUAAUGCAUGGGAAACAAUAAUCGGAAGAGAUUAUUGGACGGAACUUGAGAUAUUUCAGUGGCGCUUUCUGUGAAAUUAGAAAGUGGCGGGAAAUUUUAUUAAAAGUCAAUAAUUUUAAUAAAUUUGCGUUUUUUUUAAAUUUUUGUUCGUUUUAUUUGUUACUGUCACAGAAUGAAUAAUAAAAUCAUUAUUAGUGUCAUGUUGCGCAGGAUAUCCAGGAUUAUUCAGUUCUCGGGUAGAGUUACCUGCCUCAGCUUUCGGCUUUGGCUGAUAACAUUAACUUCGUUCUGAAUAAUUCUGCAUAUUCCGCUCAACCUCAUCCAAUAAUUGUUAAUUAUUUGUAAUUCAUUUCCCCUAUAUAAUUAUUAUUAGCCUAUUCUUACAAUAUAAUUGCAAUGUAACAUCAUCUAUUAACUUAGAAAGCGAUUUCGGAUCCCUGAGAAAUCCCAAUUAUACUUCAAGCUUUUAGUUUAUAACAAGUGCAUGAUUCUUCUUCCACACAGAUUCAGCUGUUGCAGAAGAGAAAACCUAUUCGCAGGAGUAUUUUAUGAUUCAAGAAUCAGAGCCAGUUUCAGGUAAAAUCGUAUUGAUUUGAUAAUCUAUUAAAAGGAAAUAUUUUACUGUAUUUUUGUUAAAAUGCUGAAAAGUGUUACGCUAUUUGCAAAAAUUUCUGAGUAGUUUAAUUUUAUCGCACUUAAAGUGAAUUCCAUAUAACAGUUACCAGUUUGAUGCGCAACAACAUACACUUUAAACGUAUGUUGUUUCUCUAAUGAGGAUGGCUAAAUGGCGUGUGUGGGUGGGUCGUGGGUCGUGCGUCGUGGGUCGUGCGUCGUGCGUCGUGGGUCGUGCGUCGUGGGUCGUGCGUCGUGGGUCGUGCGUCGUGGGUCGUGGGUACGGUGUUGAGCGUCGCAUAGACAAUGAAAAUAUUUUUUAAGACUAUAGACGGCAGACGAACGGACGGAUGGAUGACAGGGUAAAAAACGGACGGACAGGAGGGUAAAAUGCGGACGGAUGAGAGAGUAAAAUGCGAACGGACGGUGAAAGGGUAAAAUGCGGAUAUGAAGGCAUAUAGAGUGGUAUUUGUAUUUUUCAUGCAGAAUUAAAAUCCCAACCUUUGCAACUUUCAUGCUUAUUUUUCUUUUUGUUAUCUGCAUGGGUAUGUAGUAAUUUAAUUUUAUGCCACUAUAAUGUGCUGUUUUUCAAGGGCUUUUUAAUUAAUGCAGUUAUCGGUUUAAAUAUACCUAAAAUGCCCGUUGAGAUAUGACAAUUUCAGUACGGCCUCCUUUUACGCAAACGCGAAUUACAAUGGCAACAUUUAUGCUUAAUUUUCUCUGUUAUCUGUGCAUGUAGUAAUCAAAUUUUAUGCCACUAUAAUGUGCUGCUUUUGUAGGGCUUUUCAAUGCAGUUCUACUUCAUGAUUGGUUAUUUUCGCUAAGGAGUCACGUAAGAUAUGCGCGCGAAGCAAGCUAGAUCACUUGCAGGCGAAACGUUGCGAAGAACACACGUAGAAACAAACAAAUUACGGAAAAAGACGAGAUAGAAAACGAACUGCUCAAGGAGGACGAUUUAUCAAAUAGCGAAGAUGAUCCGACCAUGCUCAUAUGGCUACUUUGGCGAACAAUAUGUCAAAUAUGAGUCAAGAAAUCCGCAAAAUAAAACAAACUCCAACCGCUACUGCCAAACGAGAUUCUCGGGCGGUGGAGUCAGCAGAGUCUUUGACUCUGAGCAGCAAGAAAAGGAGGUCGACUGAUCAAGAAGGGAGUGAUUUUGAUGCCCUAAUCGACGACCAUCCUUCAGAGCAAGAGACCGAAUCAGCUGAAAUUAAAGAUGGCGACGAGGAAGAUGCAUUCCUCACAACGUUAGCUAUGGAGUAUUUGGCUGACGAUAAAACAAGUAGUCCGGUCUCGCCUCAGCUGGCUGAUAUCGUCAAUAAGAGAUGGUCGUCAAAAUUAUCGAACGACAAAUUUAAAGAGAAAGUAGCGAAAUAUGACCGACCAGAGAACUGCGAACGAUUGUUUGCUCCCAAGGUAAAUCCCGAAAUUUGGUCCCGAAUAUCAAACAUGGGCCAACGACAGGACCUUAAACUUGUCGCUAUCCAAAAAACCUUGGUGGCAGUUGGCACAGCUCUCACACAGUCUGCUCAACUGCUUAUGAAUGCCCGCCAAACUGGCGGCAUUCGGCGCCAUGAAGGCGGCGAAAACAACACCAUGAACGAAGUUCUCACACUUCAAGUGGAUCAACCUCGUUCCCAGGUGGAUGCCCUUGCUCUCCUGGGGCAUACAAAUUAUGACCUUUCACUUCGUUGUCGCGAAACGAUGAAACCCAGCUUGAAUAAAGAGUAUGCUUCAUUGUGCUCUUCCCAAACAUCGGUAACCUCGAUGUUGUUUGGCGAUGAAUUACAAAGCCAACUAAAUGCAAUUCGAGCGUCGAAUCGAAUUAGCCAAACGGCCACCCAGUCCACGACUGGACAUUUUGGCAGUUACAACAAAUCGACUUUUCAACGGCAUCCAAGAAAUGAUCGUGAAAAGUCUUUUUUAUCCAAAGGCCCCAACCCGCGUUGGUCGAACAACAGAUUCCCCAGUCAUCAGAAAAAUCGGGAAAGGGGGCAACAAGUUCAACAAGAAGUGACUGCCAUCGACAAGGAUAUAAUAUAUACACAUCUAUCUAAAGUUAAGGUAAACGAAUUUUUAACGUUUUUACCGGUGUUGAAGAAGCAUUUUAACAUGCAAAUAAGCCACUUUCGUGGUGGUCGUCUUGCUCAUUUUUAUCAUGAGUGGGAUAAAAAAUUACUUCCGAUCGAGAGAUUUUAGAUGUAGUGAGCGGCCAACCUAUAGAAUUCGACACCAUGCCGCUUCAAAACUAUCCAAAGUCACUAUCCAAGUGUACGGAAGCCGAGCAAGCUGUCAUACGGGCUGAAAUUGUGAAACUACUUCACAAAGCUGUAAUUGUUCAUGCACAACAUGAACCUGGAGAAUUCAUAUCUCCAAUUUUUGUACGCCCCAAAAAGGACGGCACAAGUCGAAUGAUUUUAAAUCUGAAAGAUCUUAACCAGCAUGUAGAAUACCACCAUUUUAAAAUGGAAACACUCAUUGAUGCUAUCAGGCUUAUGACCCCUAAUUGUUUUAUGGCGUCAGUGGAUCUUAAGGACGCGUAUUAUUCGGUCCCUAUUGCCAAGCCACACCAAAAAUAUCUAAAAUUUGCAUGGGAAGGUUCACUAUAUGCAUUUACAUGCUUCCCAAACAGGCUUGCUAGUUGCCCACGGAAAUUCACAAAACUUCUUAAUCCAGUGUAUGCAGUUUUGAGAAAACUGGGACACACUUCGUCCCCAUACAUUGAUGAUUCAUAUCUACAAGGGGAUGACUAUGUCAGCUGUCUAGAAAAUGUUAUAGACACUGUCCGACUGCUAUUUACACUAGGGUUUGUUAUUCACCCUGACAAAUCUGCUUAUCCCAACACAGAGACUAAUAUUUUUAGGAUUUAUACUUGAUUCAGUUCUAAUGAGAUUCUAUAUGACACCUGAGAAAGUAACUAAGGUCAUUGAGAUGUGCUCUAAACUAUUAAAGAACACUUCGCCGACCAUCAGAGAGGUCUCCCAAGUCGUGGGAUAUAUAAUUUCGACUUUCCCAGGAGUCAUGCUAGGGCCACUCUAUCCUCUAUCCUUCUACUACCAGGAAAUGUCAGUUUUGGUUCUCACCCACUUGCAACACGACUCCUUAAAGGUGUAUUCGAACUGAGACCAUCAGUUCCUAAAUAUCAAGAUACGUGGGAUAUCUCUGUCGUGCUUAAAGGUCUUGAAGAAUGGAAACUUGAAGACAGUUCACUUAAGGUUUUGUCACUCAAACUGUCUAUGCUGUUCGCAAAUACAACAAGUCAGCGGCUUCAGACCCUCAAGGCAUUAUGCAUCAAUAAGAUGAACUUAAAAUCAGACCAGUGUAGUUUUGAAAUUGAUGUGUUGCUGAAAACCUCUCAGCCGGGAAAACAUCUGAACAAAGUGGUGAUAGCAGCUUAUCCCGGUAACAAAAAUUUGUGCCCGGUGCAACACUUGAAGUCCUAUUUGGAAAAAACAUCAACAUUGAGAGGUAAACAUACCCAAUUGUUUGUGAGCUUCCGGAAACCGCACAAUCCUGUUUCAACUGACACUCUUGCGAGGUGGAUUAAAACUGUUAUGCACAAAGCUGGAAUAAACACAGAGAUAUAUGGUGCUCAUAGCACCAGGGCGGCUUCCACUUCAGCAGCACAUAGGAAGCAUAUUGAUACCAACAAAAUCCUUGCUGCCGCAGGGUGUACUAAUGAGACCACCUUUAGUAAGUUCUACAACAAAACUAGCUAUUGUAGAUAUGACAAAGAACUAUGGCGAAGACCUAUUGUCUGCCAUCAUGAGUCAAAACUCUUGAACUAACUCCGUAACUGUUUAUUUGUACUGUUUACUGAUUUAAUAUUUUCACUAUAUAUCAUUCACAUUGAUUGAGCUUCACUGUUGUGAUUUUGCUUCUAUGGGUCAUGACGCUUUGAAGUCUCACGUGACUCCUUAGCGAAAAUAACCAAUCAUGAAGUAGAAUUGAAAGUUAAACGAGACUUACCUGUAAGUUGAAGUUUGACGUAGAUUCUACUAAAUAUUGGUUAUUGAGCUAAGGAGUCAACCUUCCCUCCCAGUGUUGGGAUAUGUGCCUACACAUUGUAUUGCACAAUCUCCCUCCCAGGUUGUGAUGUCAUGACCCUUCUGCUUUAAAGUGUGAUCUAGCUUGCUUCGCGCGCAUAUCUCACGUGACUCCUUAGCUCAAUAACCAAUAUUUCGUAGAAUCUACGUCAAACUUCAACUUACAUGUAAGUCUCGUUUAACUUUCAAUUAUCGGUUUAAAUAUACCUAAAAUGCCCGUUGAGAUAUGACAAUUUCAGUACGGCCUACUUUUACGCAAACGCGAAUUACAAUGGCAACAUUCAUGCUUAAUUUUCUCUGUUAUCUGUGCAUGUAAUAAUUCAAUUUUAUGCCAUGUGUGUAAUGUGCUAUUUUUGAAGCAAGGCAUUUUUAAUACUGUAGACUGGUGGGGCAUUUGCCCCACUGGGCCCCUUCCUCUGCCCCACAACUGAAAAAAAAUGGCCUAUUGCCCCAAAGCCAGGUCCCUAGGACUUGUAUGAGUAAAUGAGUUUAACAUUGAAAAAAAAAGUUUAACAAACUAAAUUUGUUGGUGCAGCAUACUAGUAACUGAACUUAUGUUGUGUUUGAACUGAACUUAUGUUGUGUUUGAACUGAACUUAUGUUGUGUUUGAAUGUUUAGCAUGCAAUUUAUUACAAAUUUCACCUGAUUAAAAAAUUUUUUAAAAAUGUGUCCUUAGAAUGCACGAAAUGCUAUUUCAGAGACCCAAAUUUUAAAACCAUCCCUAGCUAACUGGAGCCUACGGUACUUGGCUCACACCUUCGGCGAUCGUAUACUAUCCUGCAUGGGGAGGACAAGGAGAGAAUGGGCCCUUUAGCAAUUUUGCCCCACCCUGACUGGAGAAUCCUUAAAAAAUGUACUGUUUUGAAGGACUUUUCAAUGGAGUUAUCCGUUUAAAUACAUAAAGUUUUGACGAGCUAGUAUACCGCCCAGAUAACAGACAAAAGUAAGCAUGAAAGUUGCAAUUGUAAUUCACGUUUGCGUAAAAGUAGGCCGUACGGUUUUCAAAAAAAUGGAGCGACACAGUUUUCAAAAAAAUGGCUGAAAAUUCACCAUUUAGAUCGUUAUUUUAAUAAAUUGUCAAAAUAAUUGAGCAUACUAAAAGAAAUCAUUUUAUGAAAUAAAAAUUGGGGGUAGGCUGUUGCGGUAUUUGAAAAAAAAACUAAAAAAAAACCGAUACCGAAAAAAAUAAUACCGAUAUAUCGAUAUUUUUUCGCGAUUGCAUGUAUUUUGCUUAAUUUUAUGCAAAAUGUGCUUAAUUUUAUGCAAAAUUGUCUGUUUUCAAAUGCUGCCAAACAUCCACGAUAUAACAGCUUUGACUCAUCGGGUGCGUGAUAUUUUCAAUAAAGUGUGAGGCCAGUGAUCAGUAGCCUGUGAUGUGUCCGCUUUACGAAUUGAAAAUGCAUAUUACUUAAUAUUAGCAUUGAUUACCGCACCGGAUGAAACAUGUGUGAUAUUUUUGUCCGGGAAAUUGUUUCAAAACAUUUUAUUCAACUGCGAGUUUGAAACAAAGAUCGUCCUAUAUCACCAGAAAACUAACAAUGUCCAAUGAGGUUAGUUCUUGUUUUUCUAAAACAUCUGUAAGGUACCGCUCAUUAUUUAUUGUACAGUGGGACUGAGGAGAAACUCUACAGUUACAAUAUUUUUCGUUGCUCCCCUCUUAAGACAAGUAGAAUUUUCAAAGCCCCCUCCAACAGGCAAAACAAGAACAUAAAUUUUGGUGCCCCUCCCCCCACUCUAGCUCUUUAUUUUGGAGAAACAAAAAUAGAUAAUGGGGACCUGCAAUGAGACAAUUCCCAUUAUAGGUUAAUUUUUUACUUAUCAAAAAAAGUAUAUUCCUGGAUAGAGCAUACUAAAAUUAGUAAAAUUGCAAAUUUUGGUUGCAAAAUGUGGAAAAUAUAGCCUUCCAAAUUUUGUAUACUUUUGUAUUGUGUGCGGCCAACAGCAAUUUCCGAAUGCAAUACAAAGUAUACCAAAGUUUCAAACUUUGCAAGGCUAUAUUUUCCAUAUUUUACAACAUUUCGCAACCAAACUUUGCAAUUUUACAAAUUUUAGUAAGCUCUUUCGAGCUGUGGUGAUUUAUUUGCAUCUCUUUACCUAGUUUUAAAAUUAGUCUAUAAUGUGAAUUGUCUAUUUAUUUAUUUGGCUUCCAUUUUAUAAGAAAAUUAAUAUUAAAGGUCUAUAAGCAUUGUUAUUUGUUGUUAAGUUGUUUUGUGAUACAUUUUUAAAACUAAUUUCUGUAUUUUUUCAAAGCCCCCCUUUCAGGUUUAAAAAAAUUUAAUGGCCCGCCCAGUUUCUCCUCAAUCCCCCCUGCUGACUCUUCCACAGUCCCUCAUUUGUACGCGCGGUCGCGUAAUUUGAGCAGCGCUGAUUUGAGGGACUGUGAAAUCGUGACUCGAAAACUUGCAAAAACACUCGAAAACUUGCAAAUGUGCUCGAAAACCUCAAAAUUCGUCGAAUUUGGAAGAAAUCGUGGAUGUUUUGCUUCGCUGUACAUGGGAAGUGUUUUGUCUGAAUCGUGCGAGGAAUUAGAGAUAUUAAUUGAAUAUUUAUCUCUUGAAGACGAUGAUGGUGAGUGUUGACAUUUUUAAUAUAGCAACAUGCCUUUGACCCUUCGACUGUAAAAAUAUAAUAUAUAGGCCAGAUUUUGAUUAGGUUUUCUUGUUUUAUACUGUUUCAUAAAAGUGAUUGUACCUUUUCAAGUUACAACUUCGUAAAAGCUGGGUAAAUACUCCAUAAUACGGAUUAUUUUUAUUUAAUUCUGCAGAAUAAUUUCCACGCGCUAUUUUAUAUAAAUAAUUAUACGCCAAUUAACAUGUCAAGUUGUCAACAAAUAUAAAGUCAAGCUCAGGGGAAACAUGAACUGAACCGCCCUCGUCUAACCGUUUUGCCAAAAACGAAUAUAUUUUAUGUUGGUCUUAAGAGUUAAGUUACUCUUUGUUUUUGCCAAAUGUGUAAGACUUUUCACUUUUGCUUAAAAUAGCAAUAUCUGAAAUAUGCAUGCUGAAUGAUAAUUUUUUUAAUGAAAAUUUUUUAGCCAAUGGGGAUCUAGGGUUCUAGCUCCUUGGUUAGUCAUCGGCAUUUGAGGUUUAGGAGUUCUGAACAGGCCUCCAUGUUAUGGAUUUAUUUUAACCUAUGUGUUUUACCUAGACACCCCCCCCCCCUCAGGUUCAGCAUUACCACGUCAUCACCAGUAAAUAGGGCUGGGCAAUAUUUUGAUAUUAUCAAUGAUACACGAUGAUUGUAUGUACUCAAGAUCAUCAUAUUGAAAGUAAAAGCCGAGUCGUGAUGCUAACUAACAAAGCUUAAUAAUAUAAAAUCUUAAAAAAACUAUGUUAAUUAAUCCAUCCCUUUAUUAUUUUGUUUGAUAAUUGCCAAGGAUUUCACACAGAAUCCCCUCCCCCAAUACCCCCAAGUGGAUCCAUCCCACUACUACUAACACAAAAUAAUACUUAUUUCCCUCUGAGUCAGAGACGGAUUUUCAUAUUUUUGUUCAGGGGGUGUAUAAUAUCUGGGGAGGGUGCUGCUGCUUGCUUUGUCGGGGCGUGGUGGCAACGCCCGGAAAGGCCAAGGGAAAAGUUUAACAAAAUUUUUUUUAGGCCUGCAUGGCGAGAUCUGAGACCAUAAUAUUGGUAAUUUUACAAAUUUAGUAGUAAGAAUAAUCAAAUAUGAAACUAUCAAAUCGAAAUAUAUGUAAUUUGCGGGGGUGCCAAAUGCCUUUGGGAGGUGCAAAUCAUUUCUGGGAGGGUGCGCACAUCCCCCCCCCCCUCACACACACACACAACACCCAGAAAAUCUGUGCCUGCUCUGAAUUAACAAUGAAAGCAUUUUUUUACAGAUCUGUGCAAUAUUAUGUUUACAAGUUCCUUGAAGAUAUGAUUAUAAUAAAUGGUGACAUAUGUCUGUAGAUUGUAGAGCAUUUUGUACAUAUUUUGUACUUAUAUUACUGAGGCCAAAUAAACAUAAUAGUUGGUUUCAGGUUUCACAGCCAUGUUUUAUAUGGGUAGGUAGGUUGGAAAAGCAUUUUAUUUAAAAAAAAUAUUUUAUCUCAAGUAUGCAAUAAAUAUAAGUUGUUUAUGAGUAACUGUCACACAUAAUCGGACGUGCCACACGGGAUCAACCGCGAGCUACACAUGUUUUGCGAGAAACAAAUGCAUCAAGGGUUACCAUGACUAGAUAAUGAUUAAAUUAUGAGCAAACAUAAUACUUUGUAGCAAAUGAGUCUGAUGACUAUUUAUAUAUUCUGAUAUUUACGAAAAGAUGAUCCCUACUGGGAAAUGUCAAUAAUAUGUUUAUGGUCGGUCAUAUUUUUGACAGGUCGGUCAGAAACCUGAAGCCAACUAUUAUUUUUAUUUGGCCUGAGUACUUUUUAUAAUAUUCAGACAAUAGAUAAAUUUGUAUCAUAAUUAAAUUUGUAUCAAAAUCUGUAAUUUAAUAAAUAUUCAUUCCAUCUUGUUUCAUUUCUUGUUUUCUUUAGUAGCCUAGAAGAAAAGAUCUUCUUAGAAAAUCUGAUAUUUUUGAAAACUUAUUACAUGUAUAUACACAAGGCUGUCGGAAGUAAAUCAAUAUUGGGAUGGGGUCUCAAGAAUAAAUUUGAAUUGCUUUUGCACUUUUCAGUUCUUUUGUAUGUGUUUGCUCAUACAAAUGGAAGAUGGGGGGGGGGCUUAUGCUGCCCCACCCCCACUUCUGAGUUCUGACAACCUUGAUACAUGAUCUAAUUGGUACCUGGCUAGGCCCCACCCACCUAUGUUUCUUCCCCAAUGAAAUUAUUAAUAAGAAAAGUAUGCUAAAAGAGGUUCAAACAUGGGGGAUGUUUCUGCGAAAGCUGGGUUUGCCUCAUAAGAGGGAUAUCCCUAUGUAUAGCAGGCCUUUUUUAAGGUACUAUGACUACUAUCACUGUUUGAAUCACUCAAACCUGACGCUGAUUGGUAGGUAAGUGCACAAGGGUUUGUUUGAAAAUUGCAUUAAUAAAACCAAGUCAGUAUGGUAAAACUGAAAACAAUAGACUUUGGCAUAGACCCUUCCUGCAAGGGGUGCAAACAAUAAAAUUCCUUAUAGGUAAAUUUUCUUAUUUGCAAGGGAUGCAAUUAUGCAAACACAAUGGUGAAAACAAUUAACAAUAUAUUCAAGGUGGCAUCCUUAACCUUGCUACUUGAACAUGGUGCAAAGGCUAUAAAAUGAUUGGUUAAUAGAAAUUAAUUUAACAAUAUUUUACCUGAGAUUCGACAGGGAUUAUUUUCAUCAGCGUAUGUCUUUAGUUUGACAGAGUGCAAAAGAAACAUUCCGUAUAUUUUGGCAACUUCUUUCGGAUCUUGGCCAAAUAUGGAAAUAACGUUCCUUCUCCAGAAACGUCGAACUAAGAACUAGUUGCCAAUGUCUACCUAUACACUCUACAACAGUCAAAACAAGAUCGAUAUUUUUAAAUAUGCACAUAUAUUAAUAAAUUGCGACAAUUGAUACAUUUUUGAGCGUAAAAUAUGUAAAAUGUAAAUGAAGAUACCUUCGUAGCCUUAUUCAAUAAACAGGAAAUGUACUUUAACGUUUCCUCGCCAUACAUAACGACCUUGAAAAAUGCUCCCUAUUUGCAUUAUCUCGGCCAUUUAUACUUGAUCGACGCCAUCUUGGAUGCGGGAUUUCCGAGUCGCUUCAGAUUCUAUCGCAUUCCCAUUAAGCACCGCGCUCCCAUUGUUUUUCCACUGAUCUCUAUUCCCAACUGAAGCGACGAGGGACGAGGCAGCCCCCCCUGUACAAUAAAUAAUGAGCGGUCCCUAACCCACCGUUGUUUACGUUCUAAAAGUUCACGAGCGAAAUGACAUAUUACCUAUAUCUAAGCGAAAUGACAUAUUACCUAUAUCUAAGCGAAAUGACAUAUCACCGUACCUUGCAACGUACGCCAACGUAUAAACGUAUAACAAACACGUUUUAGAUCGCGCUCUAACCUUAAUUGACGGAUUUUCCCGCGGAUCGAGUUAGCACAUUGAUUGUAUUUGUCCUUUUGAAAUAACUUCAAUCAGCGCUUGAAAAAGCUUCAUAUGACGUUUAAAUAUACAAACGGAAACUGAUAUAGAUAUUCCGAUAUAUUGAAAAUUCCAAUAUCGAGUAAUCGGUAGUUUGAUAAAAAAAAGAUAAUUAUUGGUAUAUCGAUUACCGCAACAGCCUAAAUUUGGAGGUCACCGAUGUCUUUUACAAGUUAAAAUACUGUAAUUAAAUUCAACCACCCACAAGUUCAGCGAAUCUACCAGCAUUUUUGCCAAUGUGGUCAUAGUUAAUAGAGAUGUGGCAUAUAGCUAAAAAGAUUCGUGCAAAAUUUUGGCAGUUCAUGGUAUAGUUCGGUUUUAAAUUAUUUUUGCGAUUUACUAACGCACGACACACGACGCACGAUCCACGACGCACGACCCACCCACCCACGCCAAAUAGACAAUCUCUUCUCUAAUUACAUUGAAAGAUUUCUUAGUAAUAUCUUAUUUACUCGUAUAGGCACAGCGGCGCUCUUAUAAGUAGUGUUAUGUAGGCAUGCGGCGCUUAAUAUAAGGCGGCGCUCAUUUGAGGGCAAUCGUGACGCACAUUGUAAAAUAUUUUAUUUUUAGGCGACAACAUAUUAGCAGCGAAAUGCCGGCAUAAUAUAGCACUUUAGGGAAGCUCCCCACAUGCAGUUAUUCUUGUUUACGCAAUAAUUUCGUAAAACUGGUUCAUUCGUGCGGAACGCGAAUUCGUUUCGACUUGGUGGCAAUAUUAGGCCACUAUUUGUUGUAUAUUAGUUUCUCAUCCCCGCCCGCUUUCUUUUUAAGAAAAUGGUCUUGUUCGCCAUUAUUGCCAUUAUUGCCAUUUUUGACCAUUAUUAUAAAUUUUGUGAUGUCUUCAAAAUGAUAUUUGAAAGAAAGACUAUUAGAAACGUUCCCAAACCAAAAGAUUUAGUUACGAUACGAAAUUUCAUACCAAAACUGCCAGUUUCUCUCGCAUUCACGUAAAAGUUCUACCGGAAGCUAGGGGCAGGGGAAAAAACGCGAGACGACUUGGCUACAAAAUGAUUUCUCUAUUCUGUGAUUAUUUCACAUGUGGCCAUGUUUUUAAUAUGAAAACAUAGUUUCAGUUGCACUCACUAAUUUUCUGCUGUUUUGCAAUGCUAUAAAUGCUAAUUGCGCACUUUUUCAAAGUAAUAUUUACGGAGAGGGGGAAAUCUGGCAAAUAAUGGCAUAAUGGUAAUGGCCCGCCCGCACGCAUCAACUUUAGGUGAAGUCCCGGAUGAGAAACUAAUAUGCAACAAAUAGUGGCCUUAGUCACCUAAGGAAUAAUUCAAACUAGAUUUCGACAACGUCAGUGUUCCAUGGCAAUAUGACGACAGCAUAAAGCCUUCCAAUUUAACCCAUAAAUGUGCCGCUAUUUCAGAAAUCAUGUCGGUGACCUAGCCUAUUUUUUAUUUCGUUUAUCAAUAGGGAAUGAUGCUCUGCAACUGUGGUGAAAGUUAAAAAAAAUUCUGUAGUGUGUGCUUUUUUUAAAAGCGAAAAUUUUAUUGCGAAAUUUCCACACUAAAGAUUUUUUAAAAAUUGAAAUUUAUAAAAUUUACCGCAAAAUAAAUUUGUGGUCAAAAUUUGAAGAUAGGUCACCGAUGAAUCUAAUGAGUAAAAUGCGAAUAAAGUUAGAAAAUAGCCUCGUGUAACUCGAGAAAUUCCCCUUAUUGAAAAGCGUCGCUGACUAGUAAAAGACUGUACGCGGGCGCAGAACGAGCUUUCAUUCAGCAAAAUCGAGCGGCAAUGUUGUUUUUACUGUUUUGUUUUUGUCAACUUUUCGAUUUAUUUGAGAGUCAUGGACAGCCAAUGAUUAUUGUGAAGGAUCAAAUCGAUGAAAACAACAAAACCACUUUAGGGUUAAAGCUAAUCGAACCCUACCGUUUACUCAAUCUAUGAGCUGUAUGACGUGUUUUUUUGUUCCAUGUUUGGUUUUGUACUUUUUGCUAAAAAUAAACAAUUAGGCUAUGAAACUGAAAUAUUUUUCAAUUUACAUAUAAUCACUUACCCUGGAUUCCAGAGCCUUCGACAGUAAAUAAUAAAUUGAAAUGUCGCGAAGGCUUUGGUUCAACGGGGCGAUUCUUUGAUUAAGCCUCGCCAAUCACAAAACAGAAUUAGUGGUUUUAGUACAGAAUCUGUACUAAAACCACUAAUUCUGUUUUGUGAUUGGCGCGGUUUAAUCAAAGAAUCGCCCCGUUGAACCAGAGCCUUCGCGACAUUUCAAUUUAUUAUUUACUGUCGAAGGCUCUGGAAUCCAGGGUAAUAAUCACUUUAAUCUUGUAGAAACACGACUAAAAACGUGAACGUUUUCUUAGAAGUAAACAACUUUUUAAACGUUUGUAUCCAAUUUGGCAAAUGUUUUACAGUUGACAGUGUAUAUUUAAAAAAAUUUUAAAACACUGUUUCGUAGUUAUUUUUUGGUCAAGUGACAUUUGUAUCACAUGUAGAAUUUCUGUAUAGACUCGCAAGUGAUUUAGCACUAAAGACGAAGUAUUAUUCAACGCUUUUUUCUAUUAGAAACCUUUCCGAAAUUGCUUUUUAAAAAAAAGCCAUGUUAAUUUUUGUUUUAAAUUUGUUUUGAUCAUGCGGUUGCGUGAGAAAGUUCACUUACUGGUCCCGUGAACAUCCCGCCAGCUACCGUAGGGAGCCUCCAUAAAUGCAGGAAAAGUCGCCUCGAGGCUUUACAAAAAUUGCAAUUUCAUAUGCACUUUCCUUCCGAAAUUGGGCAUCGCGAACAAUGUUCCAACGGUGUUUCGAUUAAGCGCCUUGCAUGUUGUUGUGAUUAACGUGCGGUGUUUAUUCCAUGGCGGGACUCAAUAAUGUUGCUAUCAUAUGCGGCGUUUAAUCGGGGGCGGUGCUCAGUUAGGGGCGGUGCUUAAGUGGCUGUCUCACUAAGAACCAUGCAGAGCGUUUUGGAUUGAAAAUUAGAUUUCCUUUAUAUUUUUACCAUGAACUACCUUUGUCCUAAAAGGUAUUAACCUAAUAUUAGAAUUUCUAAACUUUUUUUUUAGUUAUGGCGAAUUUUUGUCUGGACGUCAGCGACACUGAAAUUUGACCCCGAAAACGGCGGUCAAAUAUGUGUUAAAUUGUGCAUCAUAACUCGGGAAGUUUAGCGUCAAAUUAAAAUUUUUUUUCAUCGUAUUGAGACAUAUUCUUCUUCGUUUAGAAUGUUGAAAGAAUUUGAAUGUACAUCUUAUUUUAAGCCUACUAGUCUCCAUUCAAGGAAGUCGGUAUUUUCGUUCGCCGAACAACUAAUGAUUAGGUACAAAAUUCAAACUAAAAAUUCUCAAAAGUGCAACCUACCUGGUGUCUAAAACACUUUUAGGGUUAAAGUAGAAUACUUAAAGUUAUGUUAUUCGUAAUAAAACUUGUCGGCAAAAGGAAUAUAAAGGAGUGCAAAAUUCAUAAAUUAUGGCUAUAAAUAGCUCUAUUGUUUACGUUUGUGAUAACCGGAAACACGUUGAACGUUACUCGCGGAGCUUUUAUAAAUUUAUAUCAGCAAUUACUAUAAAUAUAAAAUAGUGUUCAUAAGUUCUUAUAUUUGAAUACAAACACCGCCUUGUAAUUUUUUUAAGCUUUCGGAAAGCCUUUACAAUUGAUCGUUUUAAACUUGAUUAAAUUUACUAAAUUAAAUAGUUGCACGCCAACAUAAUGAUUAAUGUACAAUAUAUUAUCGUUGUUUAAUAUGUACUGAUGAGUGUGACAUAAAUAGAAUACACGCUAUAUUACGAAAGCAACAAUAUACUAGACUUUAUAGUUAACUUGCUAUACAUGGAUAGUUAUUUUUCGCGUGUUAAUUCUUCAACAAACAAUUUAAUCUCGCAAAUUUAAUCUUGAUCAAACGUUCGGGAGUUAUUGUCUGUAGUCUGUACGCCAAGGGGAUUACGUUUGUAGCCAAUUUUUAAGUUUCUCCAAUUUAUAAAAUGAUAAUAAAAAACCACGAAAAUAAUAGCAGAAAAUAAUAGCAGACGCAAUGUAUACAAGCUGUUUUUGUUCUUCAAUGUGCCAUUGUUAAAACUAAUUAUUGGAGUAUAACUUACUUCUUAAAUAAUAUCAAUGACAGUGUUCCUUUGUACUUUCCACACCUGUUUUGUUUAACAGAAAAUUAACGCAAAGAAGUGCCGUUUUUAGAUAUUUCUAGAAGCUUACUAGUUUAGUUUUGAUUAUGGAGAAAAGUUGUUCAUUUGUUGGUGUUGGUGUUGGUGGAAUUUCUUGUGGUGAAAGUCGUGGAUUACAGUAGAUUAGUUCCGUAUUUGAUUGUAGGCCUAAGGAAGAUAUGAGUAAAGUAAAAAACAAAUUCCGAAAAUACAGGACAUCUUGAGAAUUCAAUAUAUAAUUCAAAACAAGACGCAGUUUGAAACUGUAAAUUUUCGACUUUAUUUCAAAGUCAUCUUCAGACAGAAUGAAAUACAAUACUUUACAACACAUAUAUAUAUACAACGCAGAGAGAGAGCAUCUGUCAUGUGGGCGGAAGGAAGGAUUAUCCAAGCGAAGCGAAACAUGAUAAAGAAAAUGGUAAUAACUGAAAAUGGAAUAUUUAGCUUAUUUACAACAAUGUUUAAUAUAUUAGAAGGAUUGAGGUAGAAAGGGAAGAACCCGACAUGUAGAAGAAGAUUAAGUUGAAGUGUUAUGUGAACAGUUGUAGUUCUUUACUAGCUUUAAGUCCAGUGUUAAGAAAAGGUUUGUUGUGUUUGAUAAGCAGUGCUUCAAGAAAAGCAAGAAACCUAUAAACCUAUAUUGAAACCAAGAAACCAAGAAACCAAGAAACCAAGAAACCUAUAUUGGCAUGACACAAAGAUGCCUUUCUGUACGUUUGAAAGAGCAUGCAACUAGGCUCUCUUCUAGUGCAGUGGGCCAACAUUUUUCUGAGUGUGAACAUACUCAAUUCUUAGCUACUUUACAAGACCAGUUCACAUUACUCAACGAUCUUCCUUCGCCUUCUGACAACUCUUCUCCUAUUGAAAACCUUGUUUUCAACAGCUACAGAAUACUUCACAUUACAAAAUCUAACAACUACAACAUUCUUGCUUUUCUUGAAGCACUGCUUAUCAAACACAACAAACCUUUUCUUAACACUGGACUUAAAGCUAGUAAAGAACUACAACUGUUCACAUAACACUUUAACUUAAUCUUCUUCUACAUGUCGGGUUUUUCCCUUUCUACCUCAAUCCUUCUAAUAUAUUAAACAUUGUUGUAAAUAAGCUAGAUAUUCCAUUUUCAGUUAUUACCAUCUUCUUUAUCAUGUUUCGCUUCGCUUGGAAAAUCCUUCCUUCCGCCCACAUGACAGAUGCUCUCUCUCUCUGCGUUGUAUAUAUAUAUAUAUAUAUAUAUAUAUAUAUAUAUAUAUAUAUAUAUAUAUGUGUGUUGUAAAGUAUUGUAUUUCAUUCUGUCUGAAGAUGACUUUGAAAUAAAGUCGAAAAUUUACAGUCUCAAACUGCGUCUUGUUUUGAAUUAUAUAUUGAAUUCUCAAGAUGUCCUGUAUUUUCGGAAUUUGUUUUUUACUUUAUUUUUUUAAAUUGUCGGCUGGUCAUGGUUUUUGAAGAUAUGAGUGGUCAACUAUCAAACUGUCAUCUUUCUAAAUCGAACUUGAGAGAGAACGAGUUAAUUGCUAUUCGCGCGGGAAUGUUCAAUCUUACCGAAGACCAGUUUAAGAUUAUGUUUAUUUGUCCGUCCCACCGUCAUAAUUUGGGACGAUUUUGGAGGCCCCUAUAAGACCGUGCCAGUAUUCCCUCCAUUCUUAGUGUACAAGAAGAGAUGUUUUCAAUGUGUCAUUAUCAAAAACAGUUUUUUCUCUUUAUGGGAAAUUAAUUCAAAUAGGAUCUCGUAAGUAUUACGCUACUUUUACUUCUUGAAGUGUUGAAUUAGUACUUUAAUGACGCAAGAGAAACUGGAGAUAACUAUCGUAAGUUUACGUGUUCUUCAUGAAGGAGAAUGCGUAAGUUUACGUGUUCUUCAUUUUGAGGCGAAAGCACAAAGAGAAAUGCGUGUUGACAACUUGUGGAAAAUGCUUGCUGAGAUCGACGUAUGCCAUGUUAUAAUACCACGACGCGUAUGAUUUAUGUUAUACAUGUACAAACAGAAGAGCCUAUAUCUGUUUUUAAAAUAACGAUGCUGAAAGAAAUUUGUGCGCAUUUUGAACUUCAGUUCAAAUCAAAGGAUAAAAAACACUCUCAUAGAUAAAAUAUCAUCCAUGAUUGGGCAAUGCACAUGUUUCCAAAUAAAUAACUAAACUGUGCAGGUGCGGACAAAUAUUCCCGGACUAUAAACUUGGACAUGUCGAGAAAUGUGAUUAGGGAGUUCACGCAUGUACAACGGCGGCGUCAGGACGACGGCUAAACAAACUUUUUGAAAUAAAUGAAUGUAUGAAAAUGUUGUCCUGUAUUUACUUUCUUAUGAAUUUAAUACAGUUUAGAACGAGUAAAACAGAGCUUUAACCUUCAGAGCAAUUUUGAUCAACGCUGUUAGAAAAAUCGCCUGCCACAGCUUGAAAUGCUAGUGUACUUUACAAGACGUGAAAAUAAUGCAUUUCGCCGUCGUCAACAGAGCACACAGACGACGUCUGAAACUCCAGAUAUACUUCUAAUUAUUCAUUUCUUUUGUGCUAUAGGAUUAAUGAUAUUGUAUUGAUAGCCUUCGUCCUGAUGUUGCCGUCUUACAUGCGUAAACUCCCUAUUGUUCUUGGUGCGCGAGUGCAUGUGUGGAGCCUGGAGCAGUGUCGUUAACCCAAAUCAAGUACUAGAAACGCCGCAUGCAAACUACGAUGUUAUGUAUUUUUUAUUGCUAUAAUUUAUACUACUAUUAUGAGACAAAUCAAAUUUUGCCGAAAAAUGCCAAUUGAAGUUGAAAGUUAUUCACAGAAUGGCGAAUUUAGCUGCAAACUACUGUAAAAUUAUUAUUAUUGCUGUAUAGAUUAAAGAUAAAGGACAGAUCUCAGUAUACGUCGAAGCUAGUCAAUGUCAAUGCAACUAAGAUCGUUUUAUACGAUGAAGUGAAUGGUUUGCAUUUCUGCCAAAAAUUCUGCCAAAUGGGCAAUGCGGAAAACGUUUAACAGAAUAUAAUAACAAGUUCAUGGAUUUAUUAAUUCGAUGCGACGAUUCGCCAACACACAUUUUCGACAUUGGCAUUGUACCUGUCCGGUCAUGAGGCAUACAACGUCCUAGACGAAUUUAUUUCUUCUGACCGUUUUAGACCUCAAAGAUCCGUCGCAUUUCAUCGAUCGAAUUAAACAUUUCUGAGUUUAUAAAUACAAUGAUUGUGCAAUAUAUUAGUCGCUAUAAAAACUGCGCGAGCAACCUUGAACGUGUUUCCGGUUAUCACAAAGGUAAACAAUAGAGCUAUUUAUAGCCAUAAUUUAUGAAUUUUGCACUCCGUCAUAUUCCUUUUGCCGACAAGUUUUAUUACGAAUAACAUAACUCUAAGUAUUCUACUUUAACCCUAAAAGUGUUUUAGACACCAGGUAGGUUGCACUUUUGAGAAUUUUUAGUUUGAAUUUUGUACCUAAUCAUUAGUUGUUCGGCGAACGAAAAUGCCGACUUCCUUGGAUGGAGACUAGUAGGCUUAACAUAAGAUGUACAUUCAAAUUCUUUCAACAUUCUAAAAGAAGAAGAAUAUGUCUCAAUACGCUGAAAAAGUUUUGGAUUUGACGCGAAACUUUCCGAGUUAUGACGCAUAAUUUAACACACAUUUGACCGCCGUUUUCGGGGUCAAAUUUCAGUGUCGCUGACGUCCAGACAAAAAUUCGUCAUAAGUCUAAAAAUAAGAAAAAUUUAGAAAUUCUAAAAUUAGUUUAAUAGCUUUUAGGACAAAGGUAGUUCAUGGUAAAAAUAUAAAGCAAAUCUAAUUUUCAACUUGAAACGCUCUGCAUGGUUCUUAGUGAGACAGCCACUUAAAUCUGCAGGUAAAUCGGGUAGUCAAUUGACCAUUUGCGUAAUAGACUAAAUUUUGAACUAAACAAAUCUAGACAAACAUUUCAUAACAGCUUGAAGGGGCAUCUCAAAAUUAGUAAUAUUUCAAAGUUUCGUUGCAAAAUGUUGUAAAAUGCGGAAAAUAUAGCCUUGCGAAAUUUGCAAUUUUCAGUCAUUUUAGAUUACAAACGGGAAAUUGAGAGCCCCAAACCGUUCGAGCCUGUCAAUUUCUAGCCUCCUGCGCAGACGUUGUUAGUGGCCCGAGGCCUCACCUAACGUCUGCUCACAUUCGCUAUGCAUUUGACUUCCCGGCAAUUGACCAAUCACAAUUAUCUACACGAUAAUUGGAAGAUCGACCUUCAAUGACCUUCACAUGGAAAACCCAACACGGCAAGAUAAAUGGAAGGCCAUUAUCAACAAAUCUGCAAUAUUUUUAAAGUUGAAAGUUUUACUGUUCAUCAGAAAAAGGCUAUUCAUUCUAUCAUAAACGAAAGGAAGGAUGUUUUUGUUAAUCUCCCAACUGGCGCAGGAAAAUCACUCAUUUAUCAAGCGUUACCUAAGCUAUUCGAUGAAAAAUUUGGUGGUAAACAUGUAGUUAUCGUGGUUUCGCCUUUGAUUAAUUUGAUGCGAGAUCAAGUAAAGAAGCUACGCGAUUUAGGAGUCAGUGCUGUGUCGUUAAGUGAAAUCGAGAGCGACGAAGAAGAGAAGGCAUUGCAAGAAGGGAAAUGUUCUGUAGUAUAUGGCACACCAGAGGCAUUAUUGAAGACCGAACGAUGGAGAAGAAUGCUUUCCAACAAAGUGUACAGCAAAAUGGUUUGUGCUGUGGCUAUUGAUGAAGCACAUGUGAUUAAACAAUGGUAUGUAUUGUAUGUCUUGAAUUUGUCUUUUUAUACGUUGCCUCAUAUUAUCUAUUGGCAUUGAAUGUCGUACUAACAAUAUUAUACAGUAUAUAUGAGCCAUUAUUGUCAAUAUACACAUCCCAACCCUCUGAUUUCUAUUUUUUAAAUACUACCAUUAGGCCACUCCAAAUUAGACUUUAGUUUCCCGUCCGGCCCUUAUUUCAAAUUACACGCGGGCGGGCGGUCCAUUUCCAUUAUCCAUUAUGGUGUCUCAAAGAUGAAACACGGCCCAUUAUUUCAUGAAAUAGAUACUCGUUUUAAAUAUCCAUUCGGCCACGUUUCUACGCGAUGUUUUAAAUUUUUUGUAUGCAGAAAUGAAAGCCAGGAUAUUAACCUUAUCGGUUUUGACGUUCAAAAUCAAAACUUGUAACCGAAGUGUGUAGCUCAGCAGAUCGUAGUGAAAACGGAAAAAAAUUCACGCUCUUUGAUAAAAGUUUCAAGAAUUUUAUUUCGAUUUUUACGUGUUGUAUCAUAAAUAUGUAUUUCUUGAACGAUAGAUUAUUUGAAAAACUGUGGAUUUUCGUAAUUGUUUGUCACAAAAGUCAAAUAAUGGAAACAACUUCGCAAUAAUGGACAAAUCAUGCGGCCAGUUCUAUGAGACGCGGGCGGAGGACGGGAAACUAAAGUCUAAUUUGGAGUGGCCUUAUUAAUAAUCUUGCAGUUUGGGUAUUAUACUCAUAUACCCAACCCCUAAGAGGCCCUAAGAAAAAAUUGCAUUUUCUACUCUUAACUCCAUGAGCCCUAUCAAGUUUUUUUUUGUGAAGGGGAGGAUAUAAAAUAUUUUAUAUAUUACCAUUCACAAAAAAACUUGACAGGGCUCGUCCUCAGUAAAUAUGAACCUUCAUUAGCCUCAAACCCUCUGUGUAAACCCUAAGAAAUUGCUAAUGGGGGGGGGGGGGGUAUCGUAUAUUAAAUGUUUUAGUCCUGUUAAAACAAUACCAAAUAAAUACUGUAAAUGGUUAAUAAGUACUAAUAACAAUUGAAAAUAAAAUGAUAAAUUAUGAUGGGGUCAUUGGUAUUUUAGCAGUUGACAUUUUAUCCCUGGCCAAGUUCGUUCCUUGUAAUCAAUAUACUGGUGCUUUAUAGUAUAAACUGAGACUGCCACUGCAUGUAAUUAGCUUUUGUCCAACUGAAUACAUUCAUUAAUGACUAAUGGUUGACUUGUUUAUGUUCAAGAAUCUUAUUAAUGACAAGUAAAAUUGUCUGCCAUUAUAAAAUACACACGAAGCUAGCAAGACUAAUAUGUGGUUUAAUAUUGUUUUAGGGGAACAUCAUCAAGCUCUAAAUAUGCAGCAUUCCGUGAAGCAUAUGGUCGCCUGCAUGAGCUUCGAGCCCUAUUGUCACCAGAUGUAAGCUUCAUUGCACUUACAGCAACUGCUACUCUUGAUACUAAGAAAUUUAUCUUGGAUACUUUGUGUAUGAAUAAUCCAGUAGAGGUACAAGAAAGUCCCAACAAGAAAAAUGUCAUGUAUUCUGUUACCUACAUCCAACAAUCGCAUAGAAUUGAUGAUACUUUUCAAUGGAUUGUUGAUGAAAUCAUUAACAUGGGAAGUUCCGCAGAACGAGUUAUCAUUUAUUGCCAAACCAUCAAGCAAUGUAGCAGGGUCUUAGCUAGAGGGCCGUGUUGGCCGUGUUAUCGCGGCCAAAAAUGGAAAAACACGGCUAGAUAAAAUGAACGUGGCUUCAUUAUUCAUAUAAGGCCGUGUAGGUUCAUAAACUAAGGUGUUGCUACUUACAACAGACAGAAUUUCUUCCCAUUUACGUUGUAAGAAAGUUUCUAAAAUCUACUGUAGUUGUUGAAUUUGGAAAAAGUGAUCCGUGAUGUUUUAAUGUUUUGAUGGAUAAUGGGAACCACAUGGUAUUAAAAUGGUUUUAAAUACCCCCAAGAGUUGCUGAAAUAACUUAAUAUUUUAAUGUCAGUACGCAAUGUGAGCUAGCCUUGUAUUUGGUUGCAAAGCAUACAACAACUACAUGCAGACACUGUCUGUUCUUGGCGAGCAUAUAAUAUAUGUAACUACAAAUAUGCACACCCUGGUCAUUUAGAAACAUGCCCAAGAUCUAAAAUCCUAGCUAAGACCCUGCAAUGUAGUGUUGUUUAUUCUAAACUCAGGGCUUGUCUUGGUGAACAUUUUCAUUCUGGACAAUCAGUUGAAAGUGCUGUGUUAGAAAUGCUUCAUUCAUGUACACCACAAGCUAACAAGGACAACAUUAUCAAAUCAUUUCAAGAUCCUAAUGGUACAGUCAAGGCAUUGGUUGCAACAAUUGCUUUUGGGAAGGGUAUAGACUGCAAAAGGGUUCACACAUCAGUACAUUUUGGUCCACCAAAGAAUGUGGAAUCGUACAUACAAGAAAGUGGAAGAAUAGGAAGAGAUGGACAGCUUAGCAAGUCAUAUAUUAUCUAUCAAGGAAUUUUACUGGGUCAUGUAGAAAACAACAUCAAGGAAUAUUUAAAAACUACAGAAUGUAGAAGAAAGAGUUUGUUGAGCCAUUUUGGAAUUUCAGUUGGUAAUGUCCAGUCCCCACAGCCUGCACACUUGUGUUGUGAUAUUUGUGCUUUGAAUUGCAUGUGUGGGAUAUGACACAAUGCAAAUCUUAUUCUAUCUAUCCUGGUAUUUUGGCAAAUCCUUCUCAACUUAAUGUUGAACUUCCUAUCUCUAAUGUAAUAAGGGAAGUCACUUCUACACAUUACCAGAAACUAAAAGAAGAACUAUUGAAAUUUCAAAAGAAGCUCUUAAUGGAUGUAAUUGGAAAGGUAUCAAUGGGCCAAAUGCAUUUACAUAUUUCUCCACAAAUGGUGAUUGGCUUUGGGCAAGUUCAAAUGAAUCAAGUGUUAGAACGUUGUGGGUCUAUUUUUUCCGUUGAUGAUGUUUACAAAUUUGUUGAAAUUUGGCAUCAUAACCAUGCACAUUCCAUCUACUUGAUGCUUUGUAACGUUUUUGAUAACAAUGAAAAUACUUGUAUAACUGGUGCAUGUAAUUUAUUAAUACCUACAUUUGAUGAUGAUGAUGACAAUGUUGAUGAAGAAGAUAUAAAUGACGAAUGGGCAUGCUUUCUUGACGAUUCUGAUCUUUUAAACAUGGCUCUGGAAAACCUAUCCAUUUUCCAUUUGAAUGACAAUGACUCUAAUGAAAACAUUGAAGAAUCUUUCUAAUUGAAACCAUAAACGUAAAACUGUAUACAGUUAAGAACAAAUGGAUUUAAUCAGUGGUUACAUUGUUUUAUCCGGCAAUUAAUAGGUAUGUUGUGGUGUUAUACUACGGUAUACUAUUACUUUCUUUUUAAUACUUGUUAACAUGUCAGUAUUGCAAAUAAUAUGUAUAUGGGAGAGGGGCAUUCAAAGGUACCUGAGAAUCUACAAUAUUUGGUAAAUUUUGUUAAAUUAAUGAACAAAAAACUUCGGAUGUUAAAUUGUUUAUUACAAGGCUUCAGAAACAAACCACAGUCUUUCAAAAAUGACUAAUUGUACUGUAAUAUACUCGCCUUCGGCUCGUAAUUUUGCUCGCUUUUCUUAACUCUUGCAACAUUCCCGUGUGUAUGGAUCAGGUCAUCCAAACACAGAAACCAUAAAGUAAUUGUUUUAUAAAAUAACAACAACAUUUUAGUCUUCCGUGUUUGGAUGGUCUGAUCCAAAACACAGCUGGUUUCAACCAAUCAGAGCAUGUGUUAUAUAUUACAUGCUAUAUUAUAGAAUAUGAAAAAGGCAAAAAUCAGAUUACCGAAUACCUGAAUGUCCUUCCCCCAUGCACCCACAAUGGUUGAAUGAGUGUGGAUCGGAAGACAACCACAAUUAGUAAGAUUUAUUAUUUUCAGUUUAUCUUGCUUUUGUGUUCUUCUUUAUAUUUUCUUUGUGCUCAUUGAUCCACUUGUAAACCAUUGAUAUAUCAAGGCCCAAUAGCGGGUUUCUAUCAAUAUUGUUGAAACUAUGAUAUGUACGAGCAUUUUGCUUCACAAAUGCAUGAUGUUCCACAAGCUUAUCAACAAUUGUUUUUAAAUCUUCAUCAUCGUUUUUAUUCGUGUGUUUGCCAGAUUUGAAGCCUUUCAUAACACUUUCUUGCAAAGUGUUUAUUAUUGUCCUGGUACAUUUCUCAGAUUUGCAUAUUCGAGAAAUUGAUGCAGGAUUCACAUUGGGCCCCAAGUUCUUCACAGCUUGUUUCAAGUAGUGGUUGCUGUGUUCCACCUCCAGAUCCAAUGGGAUAUUUUUCCCCAACAUACCAUGGUUAUUGACACCCCUGUUCCAGAUGUAUCUAUGAGCAUCUCUGGGGGACAAUAUAGUGUUUAUUAGAAACAUUUGAUAAAGACACUCAAGGGCAUACUUGCUACUGUGUUUAUCAGCUUUGCAGUACAGUAGAAGGUACUUAUAUUGCCUCAUUAUACGACGCCCGUCACCCUCUUUCACAGCGUCAAGAAAGUUUAGAAAUGUCAUGCCAUGUGAAAGAAGACCACAGUUAUAGUUAUAAAUGUCAUCUUUCAUCAAGCUUUCAUCGCUAAGUGAAGACUCUUCUGCAGUGGUAUUGGUUGGCUCUGGUGCAUGUGGGAUCACAGGUGGUGGGUGAUGGGUGAGCUCGUGUUUACGCCUACUCUUUCCAUCAUACUUAAAUGAUAGAGUACAUCCACUAAAACGGCAUGGGAAUCUGCCAUCAUUUGUCAACUGCUGAUUCUUAAUCGCAUUUUCUUUAUCUUGCAUGUUCAGGAUGCCACUUAUGAGGUUGUUUGUGUCUUCUUCAGAAAAGAUGAUUUUCUCCACAAUCUUGCUUGCAGCUUUAUGAAGAUAUUUUCGUUUUUCUGAUGUGGUCUGGUCUUCUAGGUCUUCUGGAAUAGGGAAUUUGGUUGGUGCUCCUGACUUCGAUUGAAAUCCCAAAACUUCCAUCGCUGCUGCAAUAACUCUUGCUUUCACCUCAAGUAUAAAAAAAUCUCGAUUUGCAGCAUAUGCAUUCUUUGGAUCAUUUACUACAUUUCUACGAUUAAUUAAUGUUCUGUCUGAAUACAUUGUGCAAAUGUCUCCAUCUGACUUGACUGAGUAGAAACGCUCAUAUAUCAUCUGUCAAUAAAAGAUAUAACAUGCUUGAAGGUAUGCUAUAAUAGACAUUAAUCAUGAAAUUGAUCAUCAAACACCAAGGUGCCAUGAGGUGCAGUCUACUUUUGUAGUUAACGUUCUAACCAUGCAAUAACAAUGGCAAGUAAUUUUUUUAUUUGGUAGAGUAAUAUACCAAACUAGGUUGCUUAACCCUUGCAUCCCACUUUAUUUAAUAGGGGGGGGGGGGAGAUUGCUGCCAUUCAAUGUGUUAAUCAGGCUAGCUGCACAUGCACUAGCUCUGUUAAUCCUUUAAGUGACAAUGCACCCAGAUGUGCCACACUUUAUUAUUUUACUCUGUCAAAUGCCAGACUAUUUUACUCUGUCUAACGCCAUAUGAUUUUACUCGUUUGGGGAAGAGUUUGACACUCAAUGGGUUAAGGUAAAUAUUAAGAGAAAUACAGUAAGCUAGCUGAGAGAACUUGAUAAGCCUUUCCCUAUGACAAGUAAAAUCGAAUGGUGUUAGACAGAAUAAGCACAUUAGAACUUAAAAAGGUUAAUACUGUACAUAAUACUCUUUCAAAGUAUUUGUUGACUCACUGAAAGUAUUUUGAGUCCGGCAUGCCAAUCACCCAGCUGCAUAAUAAUGCCUUCAAGGCGAUCUUCUGGUGUGUAUCCAUUCAUCACAGAUUGGAUGACAUUUAUUGCUCGUUCCACAGUAAGCUGAUCUCCAGCAAAGACUUGAGGGUCGAAUUUGGUCUCAUUGCCGAUUGACUGUUUUGGCAAGUAUGAUUGCAAUUGCUUUAGAAUUUCAAUCAUUUCUUCAUUUGUAUUUUCAUUUUUGAAAAUAAUUCCCAAAGGAGCCUAUAAAAUAAAGAUAUACAAUUAACUCAUGAUCACAAAAUUAUAUUAGUCUUGUGGUAAUGAUCAUAGUUACAUGUUACAGUGCCAACUUCCAUCUUAGCCUGGCUGUGUCUAUUUUUAGUUCAUGUACCACAAAUUUUAUAUUAGCUCCCCCCCCCCCUAUUAAGCGACCUAUAUAAUGUACCCCUUGACGAUAUAGGGGGCUUGAUAUUUUAUUGCAUUAAACGACUUUAUGCAUGGGUCGUUAUAGUGGCUAAAUUACCAAAUAAUUCCCACUCCCCCCCAGGUUGUCACGGGGUGUACCCCCCAGACAAGCUGUUCAUAUGUCACGGUAUUGUACUCUAUAACAUACAAUUUGGUCAUGUUUGAGUGGAAAUGGAGUAGUAAAAUCAUGCAAUAACAAGUUAAUACAAGCAUGAAUUAUUGUGAUUUAUUAUAUAAAGUAUAGGGCUUUAUAGAGAUUUCGAGCACUGAUAAAAGUGAUAAUCUCACAUCUGAGAUUAUUUAUGAUAAUCUCACAUGUGAAAAUUAUCGCUUUUCUGUAAAAAUUAUCGCUUUUCAAAGACUGUUCUUUAUAUAAUAAACAGAAAAAUACAUAGUAAUUACAAAACCACUUAACCAGACCUUGACAGAUUUUUUUGCCAUUUCUUUGCUAUAACGAUGUUGAAUAUGCAACACACACACUUGUUUAAGAAAUUCAAAAUGUUCGAAGUAUUCUACUAGGAAACGUGAAACCAAUAUCACGAAGUCAAAUCUUUGCUUCUUCUCAUCUUCUGCACUCACAAGUAGAUCAAUAUUCUCCAAGCUAUCAAUGCUCUUGUUGCAGUGGGUUGGCAAAUGACUUCCCGAAAUUCUGUUCUCUACAUAAAGAUGAUUAACCCAAUGGCAAUCCAUAUUUUGGGAUGUCUUUGUCAUUUGUCUACGUUCAAUCCUGACGUCAACAUUAUCAAAAGGGAUAGUAUAACCUGGAUGGACCGAAGAACCAUUUUCUUCUUGGAACGUGUCCUCCAAAUUUCGUUUGGCAGUUUUCAACAGCUCGUCGUGGUUUUCUCCCAAGAUGUCCAUUUUUCGUAAGACUGUUUGAUUGCAGCAUGUGAUUCUUAGCUUCGCACAAGUGUUAAUCACCGUCUACAAAUCACAUAUAAUAGCCGUAUAAAUUGUAAUGAAACAUAUAGUUGUGUGAACAUGUUUGAUAGUUGAAGGGGUUUCAUUGAUCUAUCUAUAUUUUCAAGACUGCUGCAAAACAGAACUCGCAUAUACAAAAAUAUACAUAUUGUAUGGUCAUUGGAUUGUAUAAAAUCAUACAAACAAAUGUAUUGUAAAAAAGCAGGCAAAUAGAAUAAUUGUGUAUAAAAUCAAGUAUGUUUUUUCCAGGUGACUCACCUCUAACGAUUUGGUUUUUAUAGUUAGUCCUAUUAUGGAAGCUAGUGCAUUCAUAUGCUUAUUUCGCUGCUUUAGUAGAACUGAUCCAGCUACAGCCAUUGCAGGAGACCACUCUAAAUCUUUGGCAGUGCCUCUGGAUUUCGAACAACACGCACGCAAAAACGAAUGAAACAUUGGAGCGCGUUCCGCCCAUUCAUCGCAAACUUUUUCCAGGCUAAACUCCAAUAAUUUCUCUUUCGUUGUUCCGCGUAAUAUUGACGGGUUUUUUACAGAACACAAAUCGUCAAUUUCUGUCUUGAUAAGUUGUAACAAACGAUCUACGACCUUCUCUCGUAAUUGUUUCGAUUUGACAACGACAUUAGCAAUCCCUGUAGGAUUUUGGUGCAAAAUGGCUUUUACAAUUUUGGCAAAGUCUCCUACAAUGUUUUUAUUUUUCACCUUUGAAGGAUACUUUACAGAGAUAGUAACCCUGCUCUCAUCAGUUUUUUUGUUCACUGGCGCUUUCUUAGGCGUGGACAUAAAUAUCGGGCACAAAUCAAUAUUGCUCGUUAAGGCUUGUGACGCUUGUCCUGGUUGAACGGUGGCGGUGGGAAUAAAAGGCUGUGUGACAAUCAAAGUAACGUCUUUCUGUUCAAUGCCACUUGCACUGUCCGAGUCCAGUAAGGGGUCAUCUUGUUCAUCAAAUUUUAGAGACUUUCUUGUUAUCUCUGUGACUUCGAAACUAGUGUCAUGCAAUCUUCGCUUUGGCUCGUUAUUCUGUGUCAGUUCCCUUCCAUUAAAUAAAUUUCGAAAGUACUUAUUCAACUCACUUACGGACUUGUUAGCUUCGUCCAGACGCUUUAAUUUAUUUACACAGUUACGACACAAGAAUGAAGUCGGCCCAAAUGUCUAAGUCGAUUUUCGCAGUUUCGCGAAGGAUACCCACGAAAUCGUGAGUUUUGCUUUUACCAAACAGUCUCGUACGUUUAUUUUUAUCUAUUUCUUCACCCUUGCAUGUGAAGCAACUAUUUACAAUACUUUUUUCCUUUGUUUCAGUGUUCAUAUUAUAUGUACAUCACGCAGUUGUAAUUUGUAAUACAAACAUAGUGUAAAUUGCUACAAUAGGAAAUUGACAGCUUGCUGGGUUUUCCCGUAUGACAUUUGACAUGUUGUGGGCGGGAUAAUUACAUUGUUUACAUAAAAUUCUAUUGGCUGUUCUAAACAAUGGGAAGUCAAAUGCAUAGCGAAUGUGAGCAGACGUUAGGUGAGGCCUCGGGCUACUAACAACGUCUGCGCAGGAGGCUAGUCAAUUUCCGGUUUGUAAUCUAAAAUGACUGAAAAUUGCAAAUUUCGCAGGGCUAUAUUUUCCGCAUUUUACAACAUUUUGCAACGAAACUUUGGAAUAUUACUAAUUUUGUGAUGCUCUUUCAAGCUGUAAUGAAAUUUUUGUUGAGAUUAAAAUUUAGUCUAUUACGCAAAUGGUCAAUUGAAUUUAAGAUUUUUUCAGGGCGGGUAUAGGGGGGAUAUCAAGCGUCUAGAAUGUUGUCAAAUAAAUGUGAAUAUUUUUUUAGCGUCGUGGGUUGAUUCAAUUGUUGUAGACGCAUGCAAGCCAAGUAGAACAAAAACAUUACCGAAUGAAGAUUUAGUUCGUUAUGAAAAGUACAUCCGAGAAUUUUCAGCGUCGUACGUGUAUACCCAUCCGACAUCCAGCAAGGAACCUUUAUCUGAGAAGAAUCGCACAUCCAUGACAAGAAAUGUCAAAUCUGCAGCUUACAAAACCCUGUUGAGUCCGAAGAAUAUUAAGUUUGUUAAAAAUGACGGAAAAUUUGUAAACCACGAUAAAAGAAUUUUCGAAUUUGCUGAAGAGGACAUACAUAAAAAUGCUUCAACUAAAAAGCCAGCGUGGCUGAACAAACUUUUAGCUAAUUGCAUGGACUCUGUUGGUCAAAUUGUAUGUGGAACCGUUAGAGGGACAUGUUUCAUCGUGAGUGACAAGCUGGUGAUAACCAACCAUCACGUUUAUAAGAUGACCUUCACGGAAAGAGAAGAACAGAAAAAUCCCAACUUGCCCAUCACAGUUAGAUUUGACUACUUGUACUCAGGACAAACAGAACAUAUUGUCACUGUUGAGGUUGAUGAAGAACAGGAUUCUCAGCUUGAGAGCCCACAAUUGGAUUAUAAAUUUUUACGUUUGAAGGAAAACGAUGAUCUGAAGGGACGUGUUCAACUUGGUACGAUUGUUAGAAAUCGUCCAUUAAACGAAGGUCGAAUUAUUAUUGUUGGUUAUCCAGGCGGAGAUGAAAUGCAUGAAGAAACAUGCGUUGUUGUCAGAGCUCACUCAUGGCGUGAUAAACUACAGGAACGACAGGAAAUUCAUGCUGGCGUGCACAUAAGCAAAGCAGAAAUGGUGGAAAAGACCAAUAUAUAUGAAAAAUGUCUUCCAUACGACACAAGUCUAUUUACUGGUGCCAGUGGUUCACCUGUUUUUGAUCUGGAUGGAUACAUCGUUGCGAUGCACACGCAGGGAUAUGUACUAGAGGUUGAUGGAGGUCAAUGGCCCUUGAUGGAAUUUGGUGUGCAGUUCCAUGCAAUUUGUGAAGACAUGAAAACACGGGGAAUUAAUGUUAAACAAUUCUUUCCGUACUAUAAUUUAGGUAAUGAUGAACAAAACAUGGACACAAACUAAUUCAAGUGAUUCCUAGUUGCAAGUUCUGCGGUUGGAAAAUUAAUAAAAACAACAAUGACCGUUAGGUCGGGCGGCAGUAUAAUAUUAGUCGUUUAACAAUUAUUUCCAAACUGUAAUUUAGACUAUUGGUGACCAACGAAUAGGUGAAGGCGAAUCGAUCUAACAUAGUAAUAUUGUUUGUAAUAGUUGACCUGCACCGAAGGACUUAGCAUAGCUUAUGUUCAGUUAUGCAGAUAAAUUCUGAUUGUUUGGACAAGUUAAUAUAUGCUAACCAUGACUUAAAGCAGCUUAAAAUGACUCAAAGCGACCUAAGUGAAACUAAUAAUAAUAGACAUACUAUUUGAACACGUAUAAUUAUAGUGAUCUCCUUCUUCAUGAUACGAUAGCAGGUUGUUGGUUACUCCUGUCUCGAGUUUUGUAAAUUGACACUCGAUAAGGAUUUGAGGGGCAAACAAUGAGUUAUUUUCCAAUGAGUUAUAACCAUGCC